CCAAUCAAACAUUGCAAUCUCCGUUUCCGUUUCUUUCUAACUUCUCUGUUCGCUCAGCAACAGCAGACCACGGUCCACUUUGGACAUUCUCUUCUCCUGUCUCGUAGCUCUCGCCCCAUCCACACUACACAUUUGCCCAUCUUUACACCCAGCUUUUUCUGCUGUCCUCUCUGUUUCUCAACUCACCAUAAUCAAUGGCGGCCUCGGCUUUCUCCAAUUCGCUUAUGUCGUCUCCUUCUCUCAGUUCCCACUCGUCGCUCUCUCAUCGACCCGGCGCCAUUUUGUCUCUGUCACGAUCACAAAUCUCUCUUCCUGCUUUCAGAUCUCAUCCUCUAGCGACUACAUUGAAGAAGAAGAUUAAUCCUAGCCAUUUCACCACCUAUUGCUCUCUGGAUGCUGCCAAAGAUCCGAGUGAAGAGAUCCCCAUAGAAUUGAGAUACGCAGCAUUUCCUACGGUCUUGGAUAUCAACCAGAUUCGUGAAAUUCUGCCUCACCGGUUCCCAUUUCUCUUAGUGGAUAGAGUGAUUGAAUACAAUCCUGGAGUUUCAGCUGUUGCUAUAAAAAAUGUAACAAUAAAUGACAACUUCUUUCCUGGCCAUUUUCCCGAGAGGCCGAUAAUGCCUGGUGUUCUCAUGAUCGAGGCAAUGGCUCAGGUUGGUGGCUUGGUUAUGCUGCAACCAGAAGUUGGAGGCUCUCGUGAAAACUUCUUCUUUGCUGGCAUUGACAAAGUGAGAUUCCGGAAACCAGUGGUUGCUGGUGACACCUUAGUUAUGAGAAUGACACUUAUCAAGCUGCAGAAACGCUUUGGAAUUGCAAAGAUGGAAGGGAAGGCAUACGUUGGAGGUGAGGUUGUUUGCGAGGGUGAAUUUCUAAUGGCUACAGGCACUGCAUGAUUUGCACCCUUUUUCCUCCCAAUAAUUCCGUUAAUCUUGCAGCUACCUUUUCAAUGCAAACAUUUAUGGCAAUAGUCAUUUGAUUAAAUGUUACUUUUGAGAAUA